AUGAGUGACAAGGAAUACGUCUAUGGCGGCGGUGCCGGCCAUGACGAGAAGAUGAUGGGCCCCGACGACUCGGGCCAGCAGCACAUUCGCGGUAUCGAGACGGACCCCAACUCGAAGCUGCACCGCGGCCUCAAGGCCCGCCACAUUAGCAUGAUUGCCAUUGGCGGCGCCCUCGGCACCGGCCUCAUCGUCGGCACCGGCAAGGCCCUCGCCCAGGCCGGCCCCGGCUCCCUCUUCAUCUCCUACCUCUUUGUCGGCUGCCUCGUCUUCAUGGUCAUGGCCGCGCUGGGCGAAAUGGCCGCCUGGCUGCCCCUCCACUCUGGCUUUACGGGCUACGCGACCCGGUACUGCCAUCCGUCUCUUGGAUUUGCUCUUGGUUGGUGCUAUCUCAUGAAGUACCUCGUCAUCACCCCCAACCAGUUGACCGCCGCCGCCCUCGUCAUCCAAUACUGGGUCAAGCCGGAGACGGUGAACCCGGGCGUCUUCGUCGCCAUCUUCCUCGUCGCCAUCGUCUGCAUCAACUACUUUGGCGGCAUCAAGUUCUUUGGCGAGUUUGAGUUUUGGCUGUCCUCGUUCAAGGUCAUUGUCAUCAUCGCCAUUAUCCUCUUCGCCCUCAUCAUCGCCUGCGGCGGCGGCCCCAACCACGACGCCACCGGCUUCCGCUACUGGCGCAACCCCGGCGCCUUUGCCGAGCUCAAGGGCUACUCCACCGGCCACCUCGGCCGCUUCCUCGGCUUCUGGUCCGUCAUGGUCAACGCCACCUUUGCCUACCUCGGCACCGAGCUCGUCGGUGUCACCGCCGGCGAGGCCCAGAACCCGCGCCGCACCAUCCCCAAGGCCAUCCGCCUGACCUUUUACCGCAUCCUCGUCUUCUACUGCCUCAGCGUCCUACUCGUCGGCAUGAUUGUGCCCUACAACUCGCCCGAGCUGGCGUUCGCCAACUCCCAGGGCUCCACAAAGGGCGCCUCGGCCGCCUCCUCCCCCUUUGUCGUCGCCGCCCAGAUUGCCGGCGUCAAGGUCCUGCCGCACAUCAUCAACGGCUGCAUCCUCGUCUUUGUCUUUUCCGCAUCCAACUCGGACCUCUACAUUGCCAGCCGUACCCUCUACGGUCUGGCCUCGGACGAGUCCGCCCCCGCCAUCUUCAAGCGCACCGACAGGCGCGGUGUUCCGUACGUCGCCCUCGGCACCGCUGCCGUCUUCGCCUGCCUGGCUUUCAUGAAUGUCAGCAGCGACUCCAAGACCGUCUUUGGCUACUUUGUCAACCUCACCACCGUCUUCGGCCUCCUGGCCUGGAUCUCCAUCCUCGUCACCCAUCUGUACUUUGUCAAGGCCCGCAAGGCCCAGAACAUCCCCGACACCGCCAUGCCCUACAUUGCGCCGCAAGGCUACUGGGGCACCGUUGUCGCCCUCUUCUUCUGCUGCCUGAUCUGUGUGACCAAGAACUUUACCGUCUUUGUCCACACAAAAACCACCCACUUUGCCUACAAGGACUUCAUCACCGGCUACAUUGGCAUUCCCAUGUACCUCAUCUUCCUGUUUGGUCACAUGUUCAUUACCAAAUCACGCCCCGUGAAGCCAAGCGAGGCCGAUUUCUACACCGGCAGGAGCAUUAUCGACAACGAAGAACAGGAGUAUCUGGAGAACCUCAAGCUCGAUCGUGCUCAGAGCCAAGGAGCUCGCAAGUUCUACCACCGCUAUGUUUCGUGGCUUUUCUAA